ACUCUGAACUUGAGGCGGUCCCCAAACAACUCCUCCAUUUACAGCAUCUGCCAACCAGAGGCUCUACCCUGUGCCCGCCAUCUUCCUCCACCCCGGUUGGGACUUUGGGACUUUGGAGCUGGGCAUCAUGGGGACUCCAAAUGAUCAGGCAGUGUUGCAGGCCAUCUUCAACCCUGAUACCCCCUUUGGAGAUGUUGUUGCAUUGGACCUAGAAGAAGCGGAGGAGGGAGAUGAAGAUGGAGUGUUCCCUCAAGCGCAGCUGGAGCACUCCAAGGCUCUGGAGCUGCAGGGAGUGAGGGCGGCAGAAGCCGGGGACCUCCACACAGCCCUGGAGAGGUUUGGUGAAGCCAUUAGCCUGCUACCUGAGAGAGCCUCUGCCUACAACAACCGGGCCCAAGCCCGUCGGCUCCAAGGGGAUGUAGCAGGCGCCCUGGAGGACUUGGAGCGCGCGGUGACGUUGAGCGGCGGCCGGGGUCGCGCCGCCCGCCAGAGCUUCGUGCAGCGCGGACUGCUGGCGCGAUUUCAGGGCCGGGACGACGACGCCCGCAGGGACUUCGAGCAGGCUGCGCGACUGGGCAGCCCGUUCGCUCGGCGCCAGCUGGUGCUGCUCAACCCGUACGCCGCGCUGUGCAACCGCAUGCUGGCCGACAUGAUGGGGCAGCUGCGCGCGCCCACCAACGGGCGCUGAGCGCGGCCCGCAGGAUGAUGGAGAGGGGGACCCUGACCCAACCAGGACCCAAUAAAACUUCCGGGACUCUGA